GGGCGUAUCUCUCCAGCCAACUGCAUUUAAGUAGAGGUCCAAACACGAAGAAAGAGAGAAAGAAUCAAGAUGAGUUUGACCGAUAAAGACAAGGCUGUCGUCAAGGCCCUGUGGGGCAAGAUCUCCGCGUCUGCGGAUGCUAUCGGGGCUGAUGCUCUGGGCAGGCUGCUCGUCGUCUAUCCGCAAACCAAGAUCUACUUCAAGCACUGGCCAGACCUGAGUCCCAACUCUGCUCCCGUUAAGAACCACGGAAAGAAAAUCAUGUCCGGAAUCGCUUUGGCCGUGACCAAGAUAGAUGACCUGAAGUCCGGCCUGAAUGCUCUCAGCGAGCAGCACGCCUUCCAGUUGAGAGUAGACCCGGUCAACUUCAAGCUCCUGUCCCACUGCAUCCUCGUGGUGCUCGCCAUCAUGUUCCCCAAAGAGUUUACCCCCGAGGUGCACGUCGCCAUGGACAAAUUCUUCUGCGGCGUGUCCCUGGCUCUGGCAGAGAAAUACCGCUGAGCGUGCCGACAGCGUGGAAUGCAGUGCGCCGCGAUCAUGUAUCAUUCGUGGUGGGAAAACAAAUAUGGAAUAAACUGCAUGUCCCAAAAAAUUGA